AUGGGCCACCCCCUCUUAGCUCGAAAGGAGCUGGCUGCGAAGCACAAUUCGCUAGCCACCACAGGCACUUUCCAAAGCUUAGACUCUUCACACGAUCGGCGUUCCUUUCUGUCGAGACUAUCCAUAUUCAGCUGGGGCAAAUCGAGGAGCAUCAAUAUCGAGAGAGGUCGGUUUCCUUCUGCAAACAAUCGAGACCUCGAGCAAUUCGACGGACGUGCCGCCACGGGCAAAUCCAAUGACGCGAUACAUCAAGGGCAAAAGAAGAUAACCAGACGGCGAAGUCUCGGAGACCUCCUCGGGAAAUCACGUUCCCGGGACUUACUUCAAAAGCCCAAGGAGCAUCCUGCCAACCAGGUUGAGCACUCGCAGCUAGACCACUUUGUCGUUAUCCAACGCUCCGCAAAACCAGAGCCUUUGACCAUCGAGCCCUUCAAGCCCUUGGAGGUGGAUCUUGCGAGUAGUCUCUCGCAAUUGCGUUCAAAUGAUGCUCUCGAGGAAGCCAAGGUUCGUGCUCAUCCGAAGGAACUCGGAUCGAACACAGACAUUCCGACUGCUCCUUGGGAACAGGUUCCUGUGCAGCCACAUCAAAGCCAAGGGCGAAUGAGCCCGCGAGACACUCCCAUGGUCGUACAUCACGCAUCAGAUGACGACUUUGAGAGACAAAAAGCUCGGCAUGAUGGCUUCAGGAGAGGUGCCACCUUGGCUCCCAUAGGUAGGCAGCCAGCGGACGAUCAGAUUCCUUCGCAGUGCAGUGAGUCGUCCGCCGUUUCAGAGCUCAUAACGAUAUCUUGCAACAGCACCGAAGAGGACGGCGAUGCCAACGAUUCCGACGAUUUUCAAUCGCGAAACCAUACCAUUCCUAUUGCCAGGUCCAAUUCGUCAGGCCAAUCAUCGGCAGCUUCGUGGGAGACAUUGGUCCAGGAUACCGACGAUGCUCAUGCUCCCAAUUCAACUGACGAGGCUGCCAAGACAGCCAGCACCUCCGAGUACCCUAUGAUAAAGUACAAGGUUGUAUUUCCCACGGUAGAAUGCAGAUCGCAGACCCGUUUCGCCGAAUCGAGGCGAGAGGCCAAGUGGAUCAUGCGUAAUGCCCCAGGUUUCUUUUGCGAAGGUGGGUGGUUCAGCGAUUCUGACAACACAUUCUAUGCCACUCUACCAGACGGUGUUAUCGACGUGGAGGGCAACCAAGAUCUGCUUCAAUGGGUACAACUCGGAGUCCGCGACACGACCCCCGACGACAACCCCGGCUCAGUCCAGCAGAAGGCGCAUUCCCAGAAGGUCAAGAUGGCCAAGGUCGCGACCGACUUCGAGAAGAUCAUCAACGAAGGACGAGAGAAGAAGAAAAACGAGGCUCUCGCGCAGAAGAUCUUUUCGAAGGACAGAAGACAGAGCGCCCCUACCAAACUCAGGCCCGGCGCCGGACCAUCUCUGGCCAGUAGAGUCGGUGUGAAGAAGCGCACUGCAUCUCUCGGUCCCAAAGCUGUUCCCGCUGGUAACAUCGACGGCGACUGGACACACGAUCUCCAUGGCUCUGUAAACGGUGGAAGAAAGGGCGGAAGGAACGGCGGCGGCGGCGGUCUUGCGGCGCGCAUCUCGGCGCCCGGAGGCAAGCCCGCCGCGGCUGCGACAACCAGACGAAGCGACCGACGCACAGAGCAAAGGGCCGCGAUAGUGGCCAAUGCAUUGGAGCGCUCCGACCUGAUGGCUGAUGUGCAGAUGACGAACGUCGCUUCGGUCAGGAAGGGCCUCUCGAUCCGCGGUUUGGCAGGACCCUUUCCUAUCAUGGCGCAGAACUUUGCGCCCGGCACGACGGCCGCCGACAUCGAGAGCGCAAUGACGCCCGUUGGUGGAGAAAUGCUGAGUUGCAGGAUUAUCAAAACAACGCCGUUGCUUCUGGCGGAGAUGGUGUUUGCUACCAAGGAGGGCGCCGACGCUGUUAUUUCCACGUUCAACAACCAGACGGCCGACGGUCGUGUCAUUAAGGUCUACCCCAAGCCUGGUGGCUACAGAGAUCCCACUGCGCAGGCGCCUCCGUCGGCACCUCGCAGUCUUCGCUCUACCGCGAGCAAUGUCGUUGACGGCUCCAAUGGCUUCCCAGAACCAAUGGCAGCUGACAACGUCGGUCCCUCCAACGGCCUCUACAGCGAUAAGAUGGUCGGUAACGGCAAUGGCGGUGGCGGCGGUAACCGCAGAGGACGUGGCUGGAACCGCGGCGGACGUCGAUGA